CAAAGGUGGCUGUGAGCUUCUCACAGCCGAACCUCGAGCUUCUCUCAAAGUGGCAGCCACAGAGAAGACAGCAGACACCAUGGGAUCCCUGUCAGUCUCUACCCACAGAGGACUUGUCCACUGGCAAGGACUCCUGGUAGCCGUGUCACUCUUAACCUUCUGGUGCCAGCCCACCACAGCCCAACUCGCUAUUGUGUCGACCUAUGCUGCCGAAGGGAAGGAUGUGAUUCUACACAUCCGCAAUAAGCCUCCCAAUUCUGAAGGCUUCAUGUGGUUUAAAGGGGAAGGUGCAAAAUACAAACGUAUACUUGAAUAUUAUGAAAGAAGCAUAAGAAGGAAUAUAAAAGGUCCUGCAUCUAGUGGUCGAGAGGAAAUAAACUUUGAUGGAUCCUUGCUGAUAAAGAAGGUCUCCAAAACUGAUGCAGGAAUGUACACUAUAGUAAUCUUCCUUCAAGAUUCAAAAAAGGAAAUAGGAUUUGGAAGGCUUACUGUAUAUGAGCCUGUGAUAAGAGCCACCCUUGUAGCCAGCAACACCACAGUCACAGAGAAUAAGGAUACCGUGGUCUUUACCUGCAAUACAAAUGGACUCUUCAUUGACUGGUUGUUCAAUGGCAUGAAACUGCAUUUAAGGGAUCGAAUGAAAGUGUCUGCAGACCACCAAAGACUCACCAUAGACCCUGUCAAGAGGGAAGAUGCUGGGAUUUACCAAUGUGAAGUCUCAAACCCCAUCAUGUCUACUGAAAGCUGUCCCCUUAAGCUGAAUGUGAAAUUUAAAUGACCCUUCUUUCCUCCUAUGUUAUUAAAUCCUAAUUAAAUU